CACAUGGCCUCCAGCACGCAUCAGAGAUGUGUCCUGUGGCUGUUGUGCCUGCUGGCGUGCUGGGCGACGCGCGGCAGCUGCGGGCCCCCAUCACGACCCCCACCACUGGCCGUGGAGGACCUGAGCGGUGACGACGAGCAGCAAGAGGCGCAGGCUCAGGAGCAGGUGGCCAUCCUCAAGCAGAUCAACCGCGUCAACGACGACGGCUCCUACACCUUCGGCUACGAGGCCGCCGACGGCUCCUUCAAGAUUGAAACCAGGGAUGUGCAGGGCAACGUGAAGGGCAUGUUCGGCUUCAUCGACGAGAGCGGCACUCUGAAACGCGUCUCGUACUCUGCGAGCAACGGCACGGGCUUCCAGACGAACGACCGCGCCUCCGCCGCCGCCCACGCAACCUCGGCUGGGCAGCAGGCGCCGCUGACGCAGGCUGCGCACCCGCUGACGUCACGCGUCGUCAGGCCGUCGCUGCGACAGUUCGGCCUGCGCAACGCGCUGGAGCCCACGCCGGCGCCGCGACCGGGGGUCAUACAGAUGGAAAUGCUCUCGCUGCUCAAUGAUUCUACGUUCAGUGGUUUCCAAAUCGUCGAGUGUCAGAUCCAUGCACGUUCUCUGCCAUCCACAGGCCCCAAGGCACUUGAGGUGAUACCGCGCACGCGCAAACAGGGCUCCACUACGACCACGGCGCCGUCGACGACCGUGACGCAGGAGCCGACGUCCACGUCGACCGAGUCGUCGACCAGGCGCUCGCUGUACCACCCGGCGCUGCUGGUGGGCCGGCCCACCGCCACCACGACGCCCAGCCCAGAAGGCGACGCCGGGCGUCGCGACGCCGUGCUGGACGCCAGGCGCCGGCAGCGUCUGCACGACCCGGCGGCGCUCUUCAGGCAGCUGGCGGCGCGCCAGCAGGCGGCGCAGCAGCGAAAGGUGGUAUUCGUGACCAGACGGCCAUCCGCAGAGGAAGAAGGUGAGGAGGAUGCGACGCAGGCAGCCGACGAAGACGGCGAGGACGAGAACACGCAGGCGGAAGAGGCGGCAGCCGCUAUAGUCCACGAGAAGCAGCAGGAGGCGGCGGCCAAAGAGCGUGGCAGGCCGUCUCCCGCCAGGGGAAACGCGUUGCGCAGGCAGCUGGCGCCGGAGCAGCCACUAUACUACUACGUGCCGGCGCAGCCGCUGUUCACCAGGUACCGUUCAGAGGAGGCGGACGAAGCGUACGUGGAUCCGGGCACAACGACGGCGAGGCCGGUGCCGGAGACGCCGUUCCGCGGCCUCUUCACUGCGGGAAGGCCUCCGCCCCCGGGCAGCGCGUCGCCGGCGCAGCUGCUGCAGGCGCUGGCCGCCUACGCGAGGGACGGCUCCCAGCAACAGCAGCAGCAGGAGCCACUGCCGCAGCAGGAGCCCGGCUACAGGCUGCUCCCCGUGCCCGCCGACCCUAGAGACCCUGCCGGUGUGGUGGGUGAUCCCAGCCAGCUGGAGGCGCAGGCCCAGCAGCUGCUGCUGCGGCUGCUGAUGGCCCGCCGGCCCAGACCGCGGGGUCCCCCGUACCGGCCGCUGCCCGCCUCGCCGUCGCUGACGCCCUUCCAGCAGGCGCUGAUGCAGACGCUGCUGGGCUCGGAGCUGCCGCCGGAGCUGCUACAGGAGCUGCUCAGGCCGCAGGUACCGCCGUACGCGCCGCCGCCUUAUGCGGCGUCUCCGUACGGCCCAUAUCCUGGACAACCCGCAGGGUACCCCUACCAACCGCAGCCACCGCCCAGCGCCUACGCGCCCUACCCUCCACCCCCGCCGCCGCCACCUACGUACGCCCCUGCGCCACCCACGACUCCGCCGCCACCACCGCCGCCUCCAGCCCCACCAGCGCGGCCUGCAGCGUACCCGCCCCCACCGCCCCCCGGCUACCCACCGCGGCCUGACCUGCCGCCGCCCGGCGCCGCCCCCGGGCAGCCUCCAGCGGGCGCCUACCCGCCGCCCACGGCUCCUCCGCCGACACCGCCGCCGCCCCCGUACAGCCCAGAGGUGGGCGUCGACCCGCGGGCGUACCCAGGGUACCCCAGUUACUCUGUCAUCUACGACCCGGAGCGCCGCAUUCUGCGGUAUCGGCCCAGGUACCCACCUCCGCCGCCACUGCCGCCUCCGAUAUACGCCAGACCCUACCCGUACUUCGUGCCUGGACCCUACGGCGAUCCGCAGGUGCUGGCGCCGCAGCCGCUGCCGUACGACAUCCCGCAGAUCCAGCACCGCACCGGCGGCGCCCGCUCGGCCGUGGGCACCCCCAGGGAGCUGAUGCCCGACGAGUAUCGAGAGGCGCUCUUCCUGCGCAUGCUCGCUGCGGUUCGCGCAGCGCAACAGCAGCAGCAGCAGCAGCAAGCGGCAGCCUUAUCCUCCUCCACCACGCCGAGUCCAGUGUAUCAGGUGACAGAGUCAUCUGAGAGUUCCACCAGCUCCGUCAGCUCGACGAGCUCGACCACUCCGAGCACAUCGACGACCACAGUGAGGCCCACGUAUUACAGGACACCGACGCCGGUGCGCAGCGUGCAGAUCCUCGACCCUGGCACGGAUCCCGCCACUGAGGGCUCCUCCAAAAGGUCCGUGGACGCAGCCACAGACACCAAGGGCAAGAGGGAGGCCAGCCAGGGCGCUGCUGCUGCUGCUUCUGACCAUAAGGCUGGAGAAGAGGCUAUCGAGAAGGCUGUGGACAGCGCCAUUGAAACAAACAGUCAGAAGGCGGUUGGCAGCGCCACCGAAACAACUAGCGAGAAGGCGGUGGAAAACACGACAGAGGUAGCCAGCGAGAAGGCGCCGGUGGCUUGACGACAGCGCGCGUCAGCGCAGCACACGAACCUUCGAUUCCAGCAGGGAUCAGAUGAACUCCCAGCUGAUGUAAUGGAGCAUAGGAGAUGCUCUACAAGUAUUUUUUUUGUCCUCAUGACAUACAGAACUUAAUUAUGUCACCAAUGCCGGACACAAAUCCAAAGAUGCUCUCUGCUUUUGUCUCCUUGUAACAUUAGUUCUCUACGGCUAGCAUAGUUUAGUUCCUGUAAUAUGAAUUUCAGCAGUAAGGUAGAAUUACCUUUACGAAUCAGUCGUAGAAGGACCUACCGUAGAAACAAUGUUAAUGGAAACAAGCGUAGACUCUGCUUAUAUCGAAGACUCAGCAAGUGUUGCUUUAAAGUAAACCGACUGAAGUAUUUAAAAUUGCGAUGUAUUUCCUGAGUGCUGCAAUGGUUCUUCUAUUAACUGCACUAUGACUUAUUUUGCUUGGCUCAGCACUACCUUAAGUGACCCUCACACAUUAUCUUAAAGACUUGUACACAGCUCAGUUCACUUGUACUUAUUCUGAUGUGCCUGGCGAAUUACCAGUUGGAUUUGGUGAACGUUUCCCAUUUUUGACGUUAUAUCAGGAUCCUUCAAAAUUUUUGUGUUCAACAAUCCUCAAACUGAUUUCUUAUCACAAUUUUUGUCCUGUACGUUAGAUAUAGCGUAUGAA